AUGGCCGCUGUUACGGACAGUACUAAAACAGAAAUCAAUGUAAUGAUUAUUGGAGAAACAGGCAGUGGUAAAUCAACACUUAUUAAUUAUUUAACAAACCUGUUUCAUGAUGGUUCAUUAUCAAAUCUUAAAAUAGCUAUACCAACACGUUAUUUAAAGUCGAAUAUGCCUUUAGUAAUGCCUGAACAUCAUGAAGAUUUUAUCGAUGAUAUAACACGUCGUAAAACUAAUCAAUGUACAAAAUAUCAAUAUAAAAUAAAAGAAGUUUAUUUUAAUUUUUUUGAUACACCUGGUAUUAAUGAUACUGGUGGUUAUUUAGCAGAUAAUGAAAAUCUUGAUAAAAUAUUUCAAUGUAUUCAAUCAAUUGAAUAUCUUACAAGUUUAGUAUUUGUUUUAAAUGGUACACAAGCACGUUUAACAACUAAUAUAAAAAAUGUUCUCGAACGUUUUCAUGAACGUAUCCCGGAUAUUUUCUAUUCAAAUAUAAUCGUUAUUCUAACAAAUUGUACUUCACAUACAGUUAAUUUUAAUUCAAUUAAAUUAUUAAAUAAUCCACCUAUAUAUCAUAUGCAAAAUUCAGCAUUUUCAUCCGAUCCUCAAACAUGGUCGGAACAAACAUUAAAAAUUUUACAACAUGAUUGGAAUAUAUCAAUACAAACAAUGAAUGAAUUUAUUAAAACUUUAGUUUUAUUAAAACCUAUUUCAACAAAAUCUUUAUCAGAUAUAAAUAACGAUCGAAAUAUUAUACGUAGUAUUUUACAUGAAAGUCGUCUUAUGAUUAUGGAAUUACAACAUAUUGAAGAUGAAUUAAUUGCACUUGAAGAAGCAUCACAUAUCUAUUCAGCAAAUAUUGAAAAAUAUAUCGCAGAAAAUGGUACACAAACAAAAUCAAUUCAGGUAAAUGAAAUUACAACGACACCGUAUCAUAAUACAUUAUGUUUACAAUGUAAUAUAGUUUGUCAUGAACGAUGUUCAUUGAGUGAAACUACACAAAUAGGUGAACAUGUUUUUCGACAUUGUACAGUUAUGAAUAAUGGUCAAUGUACAAUGUGUCCUGGUCAAUGUGCUUAUAAUAUGCAUUAUCAUGAUCGUCGUUUGAUAAAAUCUGUAUCACGAUCAUUAAAAACUGCAAUAUCAUCAUUAUCAAAUAAAUAUACUGAAGAUAAACAACAUAAAGAUGCAUGUGAUAUAAAAUGUAAAACAAUAAAAGAAACAAAACAUUUACUUGAACAAUUAUUACAAGAUCAAUUUAAUAAAGUUCAUAAUGCUUGUAUACGUGUACAAAAUAAUUGUCAAGGUUUUAAUAUUGCAAAUGAACUCUAUACAUUUAUCAAUCUUCUUAAAAAUGAUACAAAUUUAAUAAGAUCAACAUCGAUAAUUCAUAAGGUAAACAAGUUAAUUGAAAAAUUAGAAGUAUUAGCUAAUGAUAGUUCAAUGACAUUAUAUGAACCAUCACGUGCUACAGUUACUCAACAAAAGAAACGAACAUCGAAAAAAACAAAUCAAAUAGAAGUACCAACAGCAAUAAUCGAUCAAACAUCUCAUUCGCAGAUAUUGGGUUUUUCAAAUAAUCAACGAUAUGCUGAAUAUACAACAGAAGAAUUGAUUGAUUUAACUCGUCAGUUAAUAGAAAACCAUACGUUAAUUGAAAAAGAAUUACAUCAUCGUUGUGGAGGUACUUCAAUCGGUUAUUUAUCGUCUACAGAAUUAGUAACAUUAUGCGAAUAUUAUACUUCAUCUUAUAUUUUGGAAAUAAAUGAACUUCUCACUUUACAUUCACAACUUCAACAAGAAAUUCAAGAAUUAACUGUUUCCGAUCCAUAUCAAAUUCUUCGUGCCCCGAUAGAUAAAUUAAUACAUUUAACUGCUAUUAAACUUUGUUUACAAAAUGUACAUAAAUAUCAAUAA